AUGUUGUCUCUUGUCCCCGCGCGGAAAAGAAAAGAUGUACGCAAUCCCACACAGCAGGCCCAGGAAAAGGGCAAAGUUCGCGUCAUCGAACAAUCUGCAGAAGCUCAUCCCGACGCCGCAAAGAGGCCGCAUGCACACAACAGUACACCCGCUAGCCGCACCUUUACCACCCUGCGUCGUGGAAGCAUCAAACUAUUUUCCAUCUUUCGCAAUGGCAAGAGCUCCCCUCCCAGCUCAGCAGAGGCUACUUUUGCUAGCACCGGCUCAGCAACCAACAAACCCUAUGGCUCGGCACACCUACAACCCGAAAAACCUUACUCCAAGUCUUCUUCACAUUGCAACCUUACCUCUGCAGCACCUAUGAGUCCACUGCCCCUCACCCUAGUUCCGGAUACUUCAUCACUUCUCCAGCUUACCAACGCCGCCACCUUCGAUGGCGAGUCUGAGCCCUUGUUCAGAACUCGCACACCGCCUCCUACUCCUGUGACUACAACACGGUCAAAUUCAAGUCUAUCCAGACAGCUGACCACCAAGCUCUCGAAUGCCCUAUUAAAUAACGAUACAGUGGUCCACCGGCCUAAACUAAGCUCCCGCCCCAUGGUCAAAUCAAAUCACUUCAAACACCAAAGCGAUGACCAGCAUACCACGCUUUCACCCAAGAGCCCAAUGUCUGAGGUGCCCUCUUUACCAUCAAGCAUCCUCGGUCCUGGUAGCAGUGUCGCACCGCUAAGCCAGUCAACCGCACCCACUUCUCUUGUCUCUUCGGGUGGCCCACGAUCUGCCGAAACCACACUUCGAACACCAAAUGGGCGCUAUCUGACAGACAACUCGCCCCCUCUCUUCUGCGAGGCAACUCCCGAGCACCAGUCUUCUCGAUUUUUGGUUUUCCCUCGACAAGAUGCACCACGCCUGUGUGAGCCGUCCAUUCCGACCAUUGAGAAAGCGGCGGCAGUCAAGGUCUUCUUCGAGUCGCAUUUCAAUCAGCUUCUGUCUACCAAGGUCACCCCAAGAUCUGUACGACGUCGCCAGAUGGAGCAAAAACUCGUUACUGUGGCCUUGUCGGAUGAGCAGCGUCAUAGCAAGAGACGAGAGUAGUAUCUCUCGGAAACGUAUCAUUUACGCCAGAUGCGAGUCAUGAAGUCGAAUACACUCGCUCGACAGACCAUGAGGGGGGUGCAUGCCUCAAACUAUGACAUU